UCGCUGGCGUGUGUGGAGCCGCCCCCGCCCGUGCAGCGAGCCGCGGCGGGAGGCAGGCGACAGCUCGCUGCGCGGUCGCCGGGUGGACACAGCCCGGGCCCCGCCGGCCGCUGAGGGGCCGCCGCCAGCAGGGUAGAGGCUGAACAGGAGGAGUAUAAAGAAAUUCCCACUAACAACGUACGGAGGUCCCAAACCAUUUCUCAACUUGGAAUGAAUUAGUCCAAAGGAAGACAAUAUUCUUUCUACGCUGGCAGAAGAAGGUCAAUUAUUAAAAAGUGCCUUUGUGAAGUCACUUUUACAAGAGAAGACUGCGACGCCUGAAUGUGUUUUCAAAAUAUUAUCUCUGCCAGCUAGACAUCGCCCUGACCUUCUAUGUCACAGAAGACACCUCAACUGUCUUGGUUUGCCAAUUGCUGGAUGUGAAACUAGCUUCCAUAUUAAAAAAGCUGAAGAAAGAAUUACUGCCAGGACGUGAAUAAGCUGACUACAUUGCUUUUCCUGUGUAAUCGAUACCAGCAAGCAGCCUGCAAAGAAUUAAUAUUAUCUCAAGGAGUGCCAUUGCACUGAAGUAACUUUAUUUAAAACGGUUGUCAGCGAUCCAAUCAAGAGACUCAGAUAUUUUACAGCCGGAGAUGCUACUGAGCAUGAUUUUUUUGCAGCCAAAAGUCUACAAGUGGGACAUAUUGAUUGAUGAGUGACUGCUUGCUGAUAAAUUGUCUUUGCUCAUUCUGCUUGGUGUGUAUUGGGCUCCAUUAAGCAAUUUAUUACUUCAUUGCCGAUAGAAAAAAAGCACAGAGCUUCUCUCUCUCAGCUAUAGCUUUUGGAAUUGUUGUAGAUUGGCUUGGCAUAAUUCACUUAAUAGUCAUUCACAAAACCUAAAUCAGUUUUUCAUCAUGGCUUUGAAUGUUGCUCCUGUAAGAGAUACAAAAUGGCUGACAUUAGAAGUGUGUCGACAGUUUCAGAGAGGAACUUGUUCACGCUCUGAUGAGGAAUGCAAAUUUGCACAUCCCCCAAAAAGUUGCCAGAUUGAAAAUGGAAGAGUUAUUGCCUGCUUUGAUUCCCUAAAGCCUCUCUCACAGAAUAGACUGUCCCCAAAGAAGAAAGUUUCCUUUUCCAUGGGUCGUUGUACAAGAGAGAACUGCAAGUAUCUUCAUCCACCAACACAUUUAAAAACUCAACUAGAAAUUAAUGGCAGGAACAACUUAAUCCAACAGAAAACUGCAGCAGCAAUGCUUGCCCAGCAGAUGCAGUUCAUGUUUCCAGGAUCACCAAUUCAGCCAAUGCCCACAUUUCCAGUAGGUCCAACAAUAGGAACGAACACAGCUAUUAGCUUUGCUCCUUACUUAACACCUGUAACCCCUGGAGUUGGGUUAGUUCCUACUGAAAUCCUACCCACACCGCCUGUCAUUGUUCCUGGAAGUCCCCCUGUCACAGUUCCUGGUUCGACUGCUACUCAGAAACUCUUGAGGACUGAUAAACUGGAGGUAUGCAGGGAGUUCCAGCGAGGAAACUGCGCGCGGGGAGAGACUGACUGCCGCUUUGCACAUCCUGCAGAUAGCACAAUGAUUGACACAAAUGACAACACUGUAACCGUUUGUAUGGAUUACAUAAAGGGGCGUUGCAUGAGGGAGAAAUGCAAAUAUUUUCACCCUCCUGCACAUUUGCAGGCCAAAAUCAAAGCUGCUCAACAUCAAGCCAACCAGGCUGCAGUGGCAGCUCAAGCAGCUGCUGCAGCUGCUACAGUGAUGACUCAGUCGACUGCCAAAGCAAUGAAGCGGCCUCUCGAAGCAACUGUAGACCUGGCCUUUCCUCCCGGCGUUCUUCACCCUUUACCAAAGAGACAAGCACUUGAAAAAAGCAAUGGUGCCAGUGCCAUUUUUAGUCCCAGUGUCUUGCACUAUCAACAGGCUCUUGCCAAUGCACAGUUGCAACAACAUGCAGCAUUUAUCCCAACAGGGUCAGUUUUGUGCAUGACACCCGCUACCAGUAUUGUACCCAUGAUGCACAGCGCUACGUCCGCCACUGUCUCUGCAGCAGCAACUCCUGCAACAAGUGUCCCCUUCGCCGCAACAGCCACAGCCAAUCAGUGUGUGUAAAUGACUAGCUCAUUGUGUUCGUGAAAACUGACUAAAUCCACAAGUGGGCAAAGUCAGCUGAAGAGAAGUCCGUGAAAAGGAAAAAGUAAACAUUUUCUAAAAAUGAAGUAACAUAAGGAAUAACUCACAUUUGCAUUCUUCAUAUUUACAUGGAAAGUUGGACUCCUCUGUCCACUUUAGAUUUUAAGGGACACUGCCAACUUGAAAAUUACAUUUCCUUCUGAAAAUAUUGUACCUGCUGUUGUUAUGAGUGACCCCUAAGAUGCAAGAGAAAGAGAUUUGAGGAAGUAAUAUUUUUUCUUUUCUUUUUUCAGUUUGCUGAUGUAACUGUGUGUUACCUUUCCCCUCUGUGCCCGAUCUACUGAGGAUAUGAGUCUCUUGUAGCUCUCCAUAUGCAAGCUGGGCUUUUUAGCUUGAUCUGUAGAGAUUCAUGCUUUCAGUUUUGGGGGUCCUCAGUUCAAUCCCCAGUGUGCCAGCCUGCACACCCCUUUGUGCCUUGGUCACUUUUACUGUUUUAUUGAUAGCCAGGUGCAUCACUGUCAUGCACUGCUCAGGGAAAGCUUAAAGGUAUACUCGUCCCCAAAUUUUGCAAAAGGGUGUUUACCAGUAACAGCAGCAGUAAGAUGAAACUGAAGAGGUAGUAGGCAGAUUUGCUCACAAAGAGAAAAGGAAGAAGCAGUGGCCUUCAUCAUAGUUAUCUUGUUGCCCCCCACCCCACCCAGCACCACAGGCCUAGCAGAGGAGCAGAAUCACAUGCCAACUUUUUUUUUUUUUUUUUUUUUUUUAAGAAUUUUAAAAAAUAUUCGGAAUGGAUUAUUUAUAGGUGUUCUACCAGUAAACUGAACUCAAUUUAAAAGCAAUUCAAGUUUGGUAAUAUAAGUUACCAUGACCACUGAUGUAUGGCAUUCUAGGGGAGAUAUACUACCUCUGAAAUACAUAGUGCUUUCUUAAAGAAACAUAAACAAAUGUCUUCCUUGGUUUUCGGAGGGCUUACAUUUUCCAGUGUGAUAGUGUAUUCAUGGCUUUAUCCUUUUGUUUUGCACAGUAUUCUUUUGUACAUCCCUUUCUGAAAGCUAACUCAUUUUAAUCAGGAAAAUGCUGAAGGAUGAUGUUUGGGAAUAGAAGACAGAAAGUUUUAUUCUGGAAAACACAGGCAACUGGUGUGCUUAAAAUUCAGCUGUUUUCUAUUCUUGUCGUUUUUGAUUUGAAGGUAUGGUAAGGUAAUGAAUAACAUCAUGGUACUACCCUGAAGAGUAGGUUGAUGAUCCUGUAGAUUUGCUGGAUUUCAGGUUCUCAAAUCAUGUAGUUAACAUUGCACAUCAGAGUCUGUGCAACAGAAAUUGGUUAAAAAGCGCUUAGUGAAGUCUUGUGAAGCAUGGUGAUCAAAAACAGAGACACAAACAAGUGGAAAUACAGAUGGCAGGGGAAUAAAUAAAACAAACAAAGGAUAUGUCUACACUGCAGUUGGGACCAGGCUCCCUACUCCAGGUAGAUAGACACGUGCUAGCUCUGCGUGACAAAGCUUAUUGAAAAUAGCAGUGUAGCUGGGGUAGCACAGGUGGUGGAUUGGGCGAGCUGCCCAAGAACAUACCCAGAGGAUCCGGCUGUAUUCAGAUGGCCAGCCCAAGCUGUGGCCCAUGCUAUCCCAGCUAUGCUGCAAUUUUUAAUGUGCUAGGACAAGCAGCGCUAGCACAUGUCUAUCUGCCUGUGCUGGGAAGAAUGCUCCAAGUUGCAGUGUAGGCACAUCCAAAGAUUCCAGUCAGGAGCAAUGUUUUCCACAUGGAUUUCCAUAGGGGCUUCCUCCACCUGAGUAACUUAACUCAUGCUGGCUGGAAAGACAGAAUCAUCAUACAUAACUUCUCAUCUCUGUCCCUUUUUUCCACAAGCAAAACAGCAGCGAUCUGUCCCCCUGCAAGAGAAUACCCUGGUUUCCCCUGAAUUUGGCAAUGCUGGUUUCCUUUUCCAUUUAUGUUGGAAGAAGGGAACACUUAAAUUUAAUGAGAGUCUUGUUUAAAAAUGUAAAAAGGGAAUUGCUAGGGUGUUUCUUCCCCUUGAUAUCAAUGGGAACCAUUGUUUUCACCAGUAGGCUUUUCACUUCCCCCUUUGCAUUAGUCCUUGGAAACACCCAGAAGCUGCAGUAAGAGAUUGCUGGCUCUUGGUGCUUUCACCCAGAUGGAGUGUGAUGCCAGACUUGAUUUUGAAGAGGAAGUAGUAGCAGUGCUUAAUCAUCUGGGUGAAUAUUUUGAACUCGUCUUGGAAAAAAUUUGCUGACCUGCUCAGGAAUCCUGGAAUUGCCACUAGGAAUAGGUGCCAACAUCAGCUGACAGUCACAGCCACUGAGUAUCCGCUGACAGUUUUUUAAAAAUCCUCGGUCGGGCACAGAAAUUGAAUUAGCAUGUGUUGAUGGUUCAUAUUUUGUGUCAAUGACAUACUGCAUGAAAAUCGUACAUGAACCCUAUCUGCUAGACAAUUGUUUGCUUUCUUUUUGAAAAUAACAUGAGUAAAUGGGACCCAAAGCAUAGACUACACAAACCCUUCUGUGCUGUUCACCAUGCAGAGUCAGACAGCUCUGGUGGCUGAGUUGUCCCCUUGUGCAGUCAACCUGUGCACUGAAUGAGGCCUGUGGAAAAAAUAGUAUGUGAUCACAUAAUUGCAGGGAGGAAGUCCAGGCCCCCUGGCUGGAGCCAAGGUUCUAAGGGCUUCUCUGCUCUGUGGCGGGGGACUCCCUGGGCUGCCCCUAGUGUAGAGGGCAGCUAGUUGCUUUGUUCUGUUGUGGAAAAAUCAAAUGGAAAUGUUUAGAAUUUUCCAGAAUAAAAAGUUUUUGGAAUUUUCAUGGGAAAUUUUUAGUUUUUGUUCUGACUUGGAAGGGAAACUUUUUUGAAAUGUCAGAAUUUUCUAUGGAAUGGAAAUUUCAAGUUUUGACCAGCUCUAGUCAGGAGCCUUCAAAUGGAACAUAACCCCUAAGUUUAUUUCAACAUAGAGAAUGCUGCUAGCUUAGUCUCCUACAGCUUCCACCACAGUGGUCCUUUUUCUCUUCAAUGUUAGAGAUAGCAAGAGUAAAGAAAUCAUGUACAGUUCCAAGAUUUCAUCAUUUUCCUUCUGUUUUUACUUGAGAACAUUGCAUUACAUAUGUUUCUAUAUUGGUGUAAUUUAUCUCAACUAAUAUUCCAGCUGCACUGUAGUGAAGUAGGAACCCAUGGAAUGUCUGUCCAGUUCUUGAUGGUUAUUAAAAAAAAACCUAGGUGAAAGCCUGUACUGUCAUACAGGUGUAAUUCAUAAAGUGUAUUUAAAAAAAAAAGCCAAAAAUUGCUGAGAAUUUAAAAACUGGACUGUAAUAU